AUGCCACCCUAUGAUCCUCAACAUAACAUCCCUCCCAACCGCGGCCCUCCGCCCAACUUUCCUCGAACUCCUUUGCAUCACCCUAUGAUCCAGCCGGGACUGCCUCCAAACGCAGUACCGCACCCCUUCGCCCUACAGCAGUGGCAAUCUUUCGAAAAGUUCAUUCAUGAUGCUGUAUUUCGUGCGUUUGAGCAGUACGUCUCAGGCUCAGACCGUUCGGGCCCCAAUUGCAAGGCUGGACUCCCAUACCCGAAAGCUAAAGACGAAAUAAAAACCAAUUAUAUGACAGGCAAGCCGGUCGGAAUAUCUAGAGAAGAAGCCGAAACCUUGUUCUCUACAUUUUGCGGCAAUGUCAAAGUCUUACUACGAGAGCAGUCAUCAGGGCUCCUGAGGGCACUAGACGAACACCAAGAGUCCUUGAAGGAAAAUACAACUAGCUCUGACGUCGUGGUGCAGGAUAGGGGAGGAGUAAUACACCUGACUGAAGCGUUGCGACAAGAGUUCCAGAGUUUGUCUGCCACACUCCAUUCUGAGAUUAAAGCUCCCAUGCAAGAGCAAACAUCAGAGAUGCUUACUGCACUCAGUGAAUACAAACGGUUGACGGAGGUGACAAUGACAACGUGGACCAGGACAGCAGAGAAGUUGGAACGAAUCGUGCAGUCGAUUGAGAUGUCUACAGAAGAUUUCAAAAGCUUGUUUACACAAGACCGAGCAAAACAGUGUUCUGAGAUCGAUACCCUACUGGCUAAGCAGUUGUCUGAGUUCCAACCGCGCCCUGCACCCGACAUCAUGGACAAAACUUCACAUCUAAUGGAGGAGGUUAAAGAACUUCUGUGUACUGUACGAGGACAACGGGAUCUCGAUACGAUAAGCUCGCAACGCAUCGGCGGUCACACCAACGUUGCUAAAUCAAGUCGUGUCACAAGAGCCCAAGCAAGGCGUCUAGCCAAUCAACAAGAUCCAAAGAAGCAAGGGUCACGGAGAAUAACCCCGAGAAAGAUCGAAAGGCCCAAGAAAAAGUGA